UUUAUUCCAUCCAUCACAACGCAACACAAUGAAGGCAGUUAUUCUCUUAAUGAUCGUCGGCGCCUCCCAGGCCCAAUUCCUUUUCGGAAAUAAUCCACUCUGGAAUGCUGGAUCUGUUCACCAGGAUCCGUUGUGGGCUGUUAGAUCAGCAUCUUCUGCCCCACACUGGGUUCCACAGGACACACCGGAGGUUCAAGCCGCCAAAGCCGCACAUUUCGCUGCCCACGCCGAAGCUCGUUCCAGAGGGAAGCGAUCCCCACAAUACCUUUUUGGAAAUAAUCCACUCUGGAAUGCUGGCGCUGUUCACCACGACCCCUUGUGGAACAUUGGUGGAUCCCAGCCUGGCCACUUCGUUCCACAAGAUACUCCUGAAGUCCAAGCUGCCAAAGCUGCUCAUUUCGCUGCCCACACUUUAGCGAAAGGAAAAUAAAUGAAGAAUUCCAAUUGUACCAACGUUUUCAACACUUUCCAGGAAAUGGAAACUUUCCAAGAUGUUUCUUGUCUCUUUUAUUUCAUUCUUUGUAUUGAUAUCCUUUUUCUUGAUUUUUUUUUAAAUUUCUAAAUAAAUCUGUACUUGAUUACUUAAGUCGCAUGUUAUCAAAUUUACAUCUUCAGAGCGUUUUACUAGCGUUUAUGUAUAUUUCAAGAAUUAAAAAGAUGGUUUAUGCUUAAUUCUUAAGGGAAUUCUUUAAUAUAUUUGGUUACUACUUGUAUUGAUGAAUUGUUUUAAAAAAUUAACAGAUUAAGUUGCAUUGAAAGUUAGAUAAUAACUAAAAGCUCAAAGUUUUCCCUAACCUGAAAAUAAAUAAAUAAUUUUUGCAACCCA